AUGAAGGACGAGGAUUGGGACUUGAUCAUGAAGGUCCAUGUUAGAGGUGCAUACAAGUGUGCUAGAGCAGCAUGGCCACAUUUCAGAAAGCAAAAGUACGGCAGAGUCAUCAACACAGCAUCCGCAGCUGGUCUGUUCGGUAGCUUCGGUCAGACUAACUACUCUGGUGAGCUUCAAUCUACUCGAUGUUUCGAAUCCAGCUAA